AUGAAGGCGCCCAAAGUCAAACAUUCGCCGACCUGUUCGAACGACGGUCACUCGGACUCGCAUCCGGCCGCUAGCUCCUCCACCACCAACGCCGGCCAUCCAUAUCCUUCCAAGACCUUGGCAUGUGUCGCUUGUCGCAACAGCAAAGUCAAGUGCAUCUCGCACGGUCCUGAACAGUGCAAACGAUGCCUCGACCACGGACUCUCUUGCAUCCGCCCCGAGUACCAGCGCCUCAAGAAGGCGAAAGCUAAACUAGCUCGCUUCCAACAAGAGGCCAGUCUCACCGGCGAUCCUGACAAGAAGCCUGCACUCACAGCAAUGGAGGAGUUCAACGAACUGCCGCAAGACAAACCUGACUUGCCCCAGGAAUCGCCAACAACACUGUUCAGCAAUGCAUUCUACGGCAAGUCAGCACAGCUCCUGUCCAAUCUUCACAUAGUCCGUCCGGAUGUUCGCGGCGAAUGGGAUCCCGUUCUGGCAGGCAUCAUGGACCAAGAAACAAGCAAAGUUCUGUUUGAUACCUUUAUGAGCAAGCUAGAACCGCUUCUCUCCUUCUUCGACCCACGCAUCCAUACCUACCAGUACAUCCGUUCGCACUCCUGCUUACUCUUCACAACCAUGUGCUGGCUGGCAGCCACUGUCUCUGACUUCCCCGCUACCUCUCGAAUCAUGAAUGACCUCAAAGCGCAUAUCGACAAUAUCCUUCUACCCGCCAUCUAUUGCCAGAAUCUGCGUUCUGUCGAGAUUGUUCAAGGCUUUCUCAUGCUUGCAGCCUACCUUCGCCCCGCGCAGAAUCCUUCGGAGGAUCGUUCAUGGACCUUGCUAGGCCACGCCAUCCGCGUCGCAACCGACCUCGACAUGCACUCGAGAGCGCUCAGUACAUCACAGCAGAACCACACGCUCCAGCCGGCCAACCAUACAGAUGGCUCAAUCGACACCGCUACUUCUCAAGACGGCGCAGCUUCAGCUAGCGACGCUGCCAAACAGCACGAGGUCUUACAUCUGCGCAACCGUGAACGAGCCUGGAUGCACGUUUGGCUUCAUGAAGCAUCGUCCUCUCAGUACACGGGUCGUGUCUCGUUGUUGUCCAAGGACCCCAUCGUCGAGUCUUCACGGGGCUGGCAUCUCCACCCAGAGGCGCUGCAUACUGAUGUCGUGUUCGUUGCUCUGAUAGAACUCCGUUCCCAAUUGGCGCAGAACAAAGAGCUUUUCCGCCUACUCAGCAGCCGUGCCGCACCAACCGCUCACCUUGCUUCCACAAACGGGAAAAGUCAGUCAUCACAGUCAUCGGACAUCGACAGCUCGUGGAUUCGACAUUUUUUGGAUCGCUGCCAGCGCGACUUGUCAUCUUGGGAAGAGCGUUGGGUCGUCAUCCCAUCCCAGACAGGCAGCCAUCCUCGUCCGCUUCGAUUCGAACUGGGCUCUCUCUACAUCUGCUAUGCACGUAUGCAGCUGCUUUCAUUGCCCCUGCAGUGGCCGACACUUCCGCCUUCCAUGACGACACGUAUCGUUUCAGACCUGCAUUCGGUAUCGAUGCAGUAUCUCGAAAACUUCCUCGACCGCACUUCGCCUCAGCGCCUUGCUCACUCCUACAAUUCGAUCUGCGUUACUGCCACCUAUGCCGUCGUCAUCGCGCUCAAACUUACCAAGCUCUCCCCCACCUACUCGUUCAUCAACUCGAACAGGAUCAUCAAGCUUGUCACGCGCGUCUCCGAGUACCUGCGUAAAGGCGGAAACUGGACGCCGCAUCAGAACGGCUCCAGCCUGUCGUACGCCAGGUACAUCGAUCGUCUUCUAGACAUGGAGAAUACACAUCAGGCGAACCAUGCAAACCAAGCGAGCCCGUCGGCGUCAUCUGCUGAACGUGCAGCCGAUGGAUCAGGUCGAUCGCACGCGGCUGGAGCCGGCUCAAACUCAGCCCAUGACAACCAUGGUCACCGAAGUGCGUACACAAAUGGUCAUCCGCAUCGCACUACUGGAGCGCCGCAUCCCAGUUCUGGCACGCCGUCCAACGACCCAGCGCUGGCUCCCAUACCUGGCUCUGAUCGUGAUCGACAUAUGGGUCGAGCUCAGCCGCCUUCGCUCCAACGAGGUCUCUCGAACUUGUCUCAUCCUCUCAGCUCACCCCGCACCAUCUACACUGCUACUCCUGGCUCCGAGACGGGCCUUUUCCCACGCAUUUCCGCUAGCCCGCAUCUCAUCCAGUCCGUCGCACCUGGACCCACCACGCCAUCGUCGCACUUCCCAAAUCCGCCAGGGAUAGCGACACCCAUACCUGUUUCUUCUGUGGACAAGUUUCAGCACACGGCCGCGCCCGGCAUCGAGCCUGGUCAUCCGCAAUGGGCGUUCAACGCCAACGAUCCAGAGCUUUUUGCGUGGGCCAGAUCUUUCCUUGAAGACGAGCCGGAUCUCACCAUGCCAAUCGCCUCCUUCCGCUGA